UUUGUUUGUUUCAAAGAUAAACAACCCAGUAAAAUUAAUAUCAAAACUCGUUCGUUCAAAUAACCCGAACAAAAACCUCCGAAAAGUUGCAUCAAACUUUUCAUCUUUGCGGCAGAAAUCACAUUUUGACUUCAAUUUAAUCACUCGACCCUAUUUGUUUUGACAAAAAAAGUUUUCUUUAGAUCAAAGGCUUUUAAAACUUUCUUUAGAUCUCAGGUUUAUAAAACAUGCAAAAUUUGCAAGAAAAAUCAAAUUUUUUCAACUUUAAACAAAACUGUCAAUCAGACUCUGAACUAAAUCAGCAAAAUAGUCAACCUGCUCCCCAGCCAGCCGACCUUUUGCAAUCAGCCCAAAUGACAGAACAGAUUCUCUCGAGUGUCGGCUUGACGGACCAGUCGCUAAGUGCCCCAGUUUCAGAACUACCAGCAAUAGUUUCCCAAGAGUUUCAGAAAGCACUUCUAUUUUCCUGGCUUGCAAAUGUUCAUCUUAAUAAUGGACUUCAAAUUUAUAACAUGUCUAAGGCUGUCAAUUCGAACUUGUCGGCUUCAAGUUUGGUCGGCCAAAAUCAACUUCUGGAAAAAACCGAAAACUAUUUGGGUCAACUAAACGGUGAUCCGAGUUCCAUGGCCUCCGAGUCGGGAUCCGAGUCAAUCGAUGGCGACUCUCAUCUCCAAUCAGCUGCCGACACGACUUCAACUUUUGUAACAAUUCCGAAAAUGGAAGCAAAAAUUGACUGUGAUUCGAGUUUCAAAUCCGAAGCGAAAUCCGAAAGACGAACUAGCGAGUCGUCUGUUACUUCGUCGUGUUCCUCGACUCUCGGAAUCGGAAACACGACAGCAGCUUUGCUCAACUCGAGAGUGCAGCAGCCGAGUGUUUCCGAGUCCUCCUCGGCAACAAGUGGUAUGAGUCAUUUUCUGGCUUCGGCUCCGAGUUACAUUUGCGUGAACUGCAACACCGAAAAAACUACUUUGUGGAGACGCGAUUCAACUGGCAAGCAGGUAUGCAAUGCAUGUGGUCUAUACUAUAAACUACACGGCGUGAACAGACCUGCCACAAUGCGGAAAGAAGUUAUUCACUCGCGAAAAAGAAAACAGCAACAUCUACAAAACCAUCAACAGAGACAACAACAACCACAACAACAACCACGAGAACAACAUGACCUCGAAAUCAAACAGAAGCUACUAUCGAAAUCAUUCUAAACGAACAUCAAAAAAGGGAAAUAAGAAAACCCUCGUAGACUCUUGUAGCAUAUCAUUUUACACGAAUUGUAUUAAAAGUUCUA